AUGGCCAGCGCUAUGUCUGAAUCUGAAACCAAGUCUGACAACAGCAGAUCAUCUUCUCCCGAACCUGUCUAUCAACGCGACCAAGAGGCCUUCGAAGUGUACUGCGAGGAACGCGAACCAAUGUCUCAACUCCACCCGGCCUUCGUUGUAGACCGCAAAGUAGCCACCCAUCCUCUCUGGCGUGGCCCAAUCGUCCUAUGCUUUGGUUUCGGCAUCGAUUCCGACCUUCUCGUCGAUUAUGCUCUGAAGCACGGGCUCACCACCCAAGAAAAACUGUCCGAAGGCUCCUUUCAGCGUCGAGGGCGCACGCGCGCAAGUGCCAUGUUUGACGCGCAGAAGCACCUGAAGAAAAAAAGUCGUGCUGCGCGGCUCCAUUUACGGUAUCCGGUGCAUGUGAAGCACGAUAUCGUGAUUGCGCUGUAUGAUAAUUAUUCGAAGGAGAAUGAGGAGAUGUCGGAGGAGCAUGAGCGGAUCGUACUUGAUUACUGGAGGAAUGCGUUAGAACUUCCGGAGGACGAGAUGCCGCUGUGGUAUUUUGAGCAGGAUUAG